AUGGACCCCACCAAAGCGCAGACGACGGCGACGUUUGCCCACCUCAAAUCCCAAAAGUCGAACAAGCAAUGUUUUGACUGCCACGCCAAAAACCCCACCUGGAGCUCCGUCACCUUCGGCAUCUACCUCUGCCUCGACUGCUCCUCCGUUCACCGCAACCUCGGUGUCCACAUCUCCUUCGUCCGCUCCACCAAUCUCGACUCGUGGUCGCUCCAGCAACUGCGAACCAUGAAGGUCGGCGGUAACGCGUCCCUCGCCGAGUUUUUUGCCAAGAACAAUGGGGCCGGCCUUUUGCCGCCGACCAAUGGAGAUGCUAGGACGAGAUAUAGCAGCAGGCAGGCGACGUUGUACAAGGAUGAGCUGGCGAAGCGAAUCAAGGAGGAUGCUACGAGAAACCCUCAAGGCAUUCACAUCGACGGCCUCGAGCUCACCCCCCUUGCCUCCCCGUCCAAAUCGGCCGCAGACGACGACUUUUUCUCUUCAUGGGACAAGAAGGCCGAGACCAAGCCUGCUACGCCCACCACCGCCGAAACUAGCCCCGCCGCCCCUCCAUCCAUCGGCAAGCCCGUCCUCGCACCCGUCGCUCCUGCUGCCCCCGCUCCCCGCACUGUCAACUCCUCUUCCUUCCGCGCUUCCUCCCCCGCCGCCCGACCCCCCUCUGCCUCCCGUCUAUCGUCUUCCUCCUCCACCGGCCCCAAGCCCUCCAAGCUCGGCGCUAGCAAACUCGGUGCUUCCAAGCUCGGCGCCAAGAAGGCUGGUACGGCUAUCGACUUUGAGGCGGCGCAGAAGAAGGCGCUGGAAGAGGAAGAGCGGGUGAAGCAGGUUGCGCUGGAGGAGAAGCAGGCGGAGGAGGAGGCGAAGGUGCAGAAGGCCAAGGAGGCUGAGGAGGCGAGGAAGGCGGCGGAGGAGGCCAGGGUUGCGAGUGCGAAUGCUAGUAGGGCUGCUGCCCCGGCGAAUGGGGCGGGGAAGAAGACUGGGGCGGCGACUGGCCCGGUGAGAUUAGGUUUCGGGCAAGUGCAUGGUGUUGCUGCUGCGGCGCCUACCAAGACUCGCGCUGUUGAGGAGGAUAACGUCCGUGUCGCUCGAGAAAAGUUUGGAGCUCAGAAGGCUAUCUCCUCCGACAUGUACUUUGGCCGCGGCUCCUACGACCCCACCGCCACCGCCGAAGCGCAGUCCCGUCUCAGGGACUUUCAAGGCGCCACCGCCAUCUCCUCCAACGCGUACUUUGGGCGGGACGACGAAGAAUCCGAGGACGGCCUUGGCGGCGGCGGGGGGUAUGGAGGUGGGGGUGGGGGUGGAGGUGGGGGGGAGGAUGGGGAUGGGGAUGCGUUGGCUGGGAUUGAGAGGGGGGUGAGGGAUAUGGCGGAGAGGCUUAUGGCGAAUCCGGAUGUGCAGCAGUUGGGGGAUCAGAUUAGGAGUGGGGCGUUGAAGCUUUCCGACUAUCUCGCGUCUUUCGAGGGUCGUUAA